CGAGCACUCCUUCGACCAGCACACGAAUACGUCGCCACUUAGAGCCAUCAUGGUGGUAGUUCAAGUGAAGCGAUCCGAUACAGACGUUUUUCUGGUGGAAUCCACCAUCACAGAGUCCAACGAUGCUCUCGUUCGAAGGCUGGUUAAGAUAUGGAAUACACGUCUACGCCUGAUGCAGCUCGUGGAAUCUGCUCGAGACAUGGGCAAGUACGGGGCCUCGAAGCCACCAGCAGAACAUGGUCUUGACGAGGUGAAAGAGGAAUACGAAGGGGCGUCCAUCGAUAAAGGGCCGUACUACCAACCAGACCCAACAGGCAAGUGCAAGCGGACCGGAAACGGAGUGGGACCUCAUCUGUGCGAGAGCUUGGAGCGCGUCUGUGUCGAUGCGGAGGCCUUGCUGGGGAAGGAGCAGGCGCAGCGUCGGGUAGCCGUGACGCAGGAGGCGCUCGACGAAAAGAUGGACAAUAUUCGCGGAGCUGUCACUAUGGCGUUUCCGAUGGGUCUCCCGGAGUUUGAUCCUGUUCGCCUCACCAUCGAAGGCGGCGAGGGGCUAGAGGGGACUCAGGCGGGUACCGAGAUUCUGGACGAGGAGACCGCGGGGCUUUGGAUGGCCGGUAAAGAGUUUCGCCGGGAUCAGUUGGUGGGAGACCGUGUCGGAAAGAACGAGAAGACUCGGAUCAUCUGCAAGCUGCAGAAGCCCGGCUCGGGACCGCCUGGCCGAGAGCCCGGGGUCAGCGAGGACGAGCGCAAAGCGAUGAUGGCGUUUUACUUCAAGAGGCAGGAGGAACUCAAGAGACUGGCCGAGGCCAAUGACGACGACUACCUUGCCUCUGCAUGGGCGGACCCGAAACAGCUGCAGCGGUCUCUGCGAGGCACCGGCACCGUGCGGGCCCCCGGCGUAUAAUGAUAACCGCAAAGCGUAUGGUGCAAGUUGAGGGUUUCUCAAGCCACCCUUGUCUUGUUGUAGUUCAGGUUUGCUCCAAGAUCGUAUCCGAGCGGGCUCAUGUGGAUCUCCGAACAUGGCGAAUGGCGACGAGAAUCGUCAACCAGAGGAGGAUUGCUUCAUUCUCCAAACAGAACAGCUUGCUAUCAGAGCAUGUGCGACCGGACUUGUCGUGCGUGUGUGUACAUGAAACCAAGUUGGUGAAUCAAUUUGUUGAAUGAUCUUUGUCUCCGUGUUUGUGGGUUGCUCCGUUCCACUCUUUGUGCUGUUUGCACGAUCUGCCAGGAUCAACUUUCUUUCUUGUAAGGUGCGCGUGUCUUGGCGCGUUUGGCUAUUUACUCCAGGUCUCUCUCGGAUUUCGGCCACCACACCUGGUAGAGUGACACUAGAACAUCUCGUACCAACGUAUGUUGGCCUCGGUGUUUCGCUCCAACUGACUGUUUGCAAGAAUUGAUUCAACUUGGCUAGCGAGAGGCGGCAUUAUCAGGUUCUAUGAUACAGGAUGUCUCAAAUAUUAGGCGUCGGCGGUAGAGAGGCUAGACCGUCGCACUCACGCCGAUCUCUUAUUGAUUGAGCUGAGAAGGGAUUUUCUCUACCAAGUGGACGGGGAGGCUAAGCUCCUUCGCCCCCCUACGGCGUUCUGAAAGAUGUAUGUAGCCAUCUACGUCUGUUGGUGUUUUAGGCGCGAAAUCCACUAGUAGCACUUGAUUGCAACAAACGCUCUUCAUCCGUCGUUGUUACGCUUGCUAGUCUAGUCUAGAGGUCUCAGGCUUGCUGACCUUCCAGUUGGCAAUCCUUCAUGACGUGCUGCAACAUCGGCUUGAGUUUGUGCUCUUUGAGAAACUUCGGUCCAUCAAUCGAACAAAAAUAAUACCGGAAUGGUCGGCCGCGUGAUUAACUGGGAGAUGUGCGCACCAUACCUCCGUAUCUG